AUGGGAGAUUCACGUUUACCAUCACGAUUCUCACCCCCUUCAGAACCACGAAUUCGAAAAAAGAGAGCAUCCAGCGAAAGUUCUGGAGCUUAUGAAAGCGACGAAAGUUACAGCUCCCGGUCGAAACAUGGGAGGUAUGGUGGAGAUCGUGUUUUAAAUUGGAGUACUUCUCAGUUAGAAUCGUUUGGAAUCUAUUAUGAUGUUAAAGCAACAGAACUGUCUGAGUUAUAUAAAUCUACCCUGGAAAAGAUGUUUUCGUGGUCAGUCGGGAAUACUGCAUUUUUGACUAAACUUCUUCACAUAAAGGAAGUUCUGAUUGAAUCAACGAAAAACUGCGUGCAAAGUUUAGAUGUUGAUGAAGACUUUGAAAUGGAAAACUUGCGUUUACCGGAUAUAACCGAAGAAACCAAAAAAUGUAUACAGGCAAUGGCACAAAUUAAAGAGGAAAUGUCACUGAAAUUUGGAUCUGAAGCAGCAUCAGAUAAUCUUUCUCGGGACCUUUAUAGCCUUUGGUUUACUGGGAUUUCAGAGUAUGUUCAGUAUUAUUCUGACCUAAUAAAAGAAUUAAAUUCAGAAGGAAGAGGUGCAGUGGAAGGCCAAUUCAGUCAGCUUCUAAAAUUCUUCAGCAAGAUAUUCCUGAUGAACCCUAUGAGAGGAGAUGCUUCACAAAAAGUGAAAAUGACACUGAAUGGGAUAGAAACAUCUAGUGUUCCAGAUCUAAGAUGCAGCAUGCAGGGAGAUCUAUCUAUUGGAAAUGUAGGAUCUCUUGUCACAGUGUCUGUUGGAGAGGUGAAGACGUGCUUACCUUGUGCAUAUGGUGAAAAAAUUUCCACAGAUUUCUACAUCACAAAAUGGAAGCUAAGAAACCAGUCAGUUGAUGGAUUGCUGGGACAACAUGGAGGGGAGCUUUUACUGGAAACAAACAAGUCUGUCCUAGCUGAUACAAAUCUAGGAAUUAUUUGUGUUAAGACCAUGAUCAUUUUCACACGUUUGGAUUGGGAGAAGGGACAUUUGGUGUGCUUGAAAUAUGGUACAAAGGUGGACGAUAAGAGAAGUUACAUUCAUUACUCAAAGCCUUACAACUUUUUGGUUAGAAAAGAUCGAGAAGAAAUUUUGGAUACAAUGUUUAAUCUUGGUUUGCUCUGUAGAGUUAGAAGUUUACUUACGUAUCAGGAAUAGCCACAUACACAUUUUGCCUUCUUGAGUUAUUAAAGGGGCAUUACAUAAUGCAUGUGUACAGGAAAAAUAUUCUGCAGAACAGCAGGGCCAUGUUGAUCCUAUGGAAGCAUCCAAGUGUUGUGUGGAUUAAGCUUUGAUUAAAACAAAGCUCUCUUAGGACUAGAGUUUGGUCCACAAUACGGAGUCAGUGUUUACGAAAAAUGGAUUUUAAAAAUCUGCUAAUGAAGAACAGUGGGGCCAAAUUGACCCAGGUGAAUGUUGUUGCCUAUGGACCUCUUAUGAUGAGUGCUUGUUUAAUGCAGUCAUAUUUUUGCCAUGUACAUGACUGUAUACAUUUGCUAUUUUAAGGAUCCUACAUAUUAGUACGAGGGUUUUUAGAAAAGUUCAAGGACAAAUUUUAUUUUCAGCAUGCUAAUUGCAUGAACCAGUGAAAUAUGCAUGUUUUUUAAUAAAUAUACAAAGAUCCGAAUGAUUUCUGAUGAUAUGUAAAAAAAUAUACAACUAAUCAUUAAGAGAAAAAUAUGCUUCACGGAGCAUGUCACUAUUUUAUUUACAAAUAAAAAGUUUGUGGCAAGAAAUAUUCGCAAGUAAAACAAGGUCAUGAAAGUCACUGAUGUACUUGAAUAAAAAUUGAUUAACAGUAUAUUUGUUUAUGCCAUGACAUAUAUUUUGUUUGUAAACCUUAAUGAAAAUGUAUAGCAUGGAAAAUUUAUGUAAUCAUAUUACAUCCUACUUCACGUAA